AGGAAGCCAGAGCAAUAGCAAAUGCUUUUGGUGUCUUGAAACAAGACAAGCAAAAACUUUUUUAGAAACAGGUUUUAGGAAAGUUUGUUAGAAUCACCACCACCUAGGAAAUCUUCCUUGCAUGGUGGCCAAAAUCAUACAUGCACCAGGCAUUGAUGCUUGGUAGGUUUGGCCAUUGAUCAUCGCCGCGAAGUCGACUCGACCUCUUCAGGAAGCGCGCAGAUUUGCUGUGCGUAUCCACACAGCCAAGCACGCGCGCUCCAGACUCACAUCUUCAGUGGCAAUGCGUGUGUCCGGAGCGAGGCAUCGCUACAAUACAACACAAGGACGAUUCCACAAAGGAUACGGAUUAGGAGAUACGAUUUAUUUGGUGUAUUUCUCCUCUUUCAUCUGACUUGGGGAUGACCGUGGAAUAACUGUAUAGAAGAGUUUGGCUUUCGUGACGUUUGUUGGGGAGAAAUAUCAACAGUGGAAAUAUUUUGGUUGCCGUGGUGGAUGAUGUCCGAAAAUGAACACAGGUAGUUGACAGUCAAGUGCGAGUUAUCCGAAGCAGCUGCAGGCUCCCAAACCAAAGAUCCAAAGUCAUCUGACGAUAGAGGUGCACUCGGCCCACAUGUCGAGGUCCUAUCUCUCGACGCGAGGUCCUAAGCCUCCCGUGGCCCCCAAGCCCAGGCUGCUGCCCUUGGACGCGGAGGGCGACGAGAGCAGCCUGAGUGCCCUGCUCAACGGAGACUCGGCUCUCUCCGAGAGCGAGACGGAGCAGGAGAGCGAGUCGGAGGCUAUACGGAACGAAACGGACGAGAGUGCCAUCGUGGUCUCGGAGGAGCUGGAUGAGAACACGGACGCAAACGACAUCCCAGAGGAGGAGGAGGAGGAGGAGGAGGAGGAGGAGAAGGGGGAUGGGGAGGAGCGGACACUGGACAAUGACCCCUGUGGUGACUCCUCUGGACCUGUGGAGGAUCUGGAGAGGGAUGGAGUGAAAGAGGAGGAGGAGGAGGUGGAGGAGAAGGAGAGGGAUGGGGUGAAGGAAGAGGAGGAGGAGGUAAAGGAGGAGGAAAGGGUAAAUGAGGAGGAGGAGGAGGAGGAGGAGAAGGAGGAGUGUGCAGAACAGGAUGAGCUGGAGGGGGACAAUGCUGCUGCUGGUGAAACAGCUGACACCCUCUCCCCUGGGUCAGCGCUGGAAGCUGAGACACUUUCUGAAAGUGAAGGUGAUAAUGCUGCUGCUGUUCUGGAGGAGGAGGAGGAGGAGGAGCAGGAGGAGGCAAACGAGGACAACUGUAAUGCUUACGACACCGUUCAGGACCCCGCAGAGACUGGGCAUUAUGAGACAUACUCUGAAAUACAGGGAUAUCCAGACACAGAGGAAUACGCAGAGAUAGAGGAAGGAGCCGGGGCUGGGGCUGGGGCUGGAGACAUGCAGAGCCCCAGUGGCACUGAUGGUGACAGCCCCGAGGAGCAGACAGAGAGGCCUGUUGGGGAGAUGGAAGAGCCAGAUGGCUCGGAUGGCACCUCCCGCCUCAGCAAACCCAUCACGGAGCACGACAGCCAGCUGCGCGAGUGGGACAGCCGCCCAAACGACCACAGAGGAUGUUUACACCCAGAGCUGCCGGAGAGCGGGGCCAGCGCAGCAGUAGAGGAACAAGCCGGGCCGUCGGCCACCUCAAACUGCUCUGACCUGCCCCCUGCAUGCGAGGAGUAUCCCUACGAUGUGAUUGGACUCUUGGACGAGAACAGCGAGUGGCAGCCCGAGCGCGCCACCAAAGACCGCUCGGGCUGCUACCGCUUUUCAGACGGCGCUGCCGAGGAGCCUUACGCCGUCAUAGAAAUGGUGCCUGCGGACGUGGAGGCAACUGCUGACCCAGAGGUGACAGAGGAGGCAGAGGAGGCAGAGAAUGAGUGUAGCAGCAGUGACCUGCCAGAGUCACUAAGAGGACAAGAGGUGUCCAACUCAAACCAAGAGCCUUACUACAUUUCGUCAGACGACGUGGCCGAGGCCGAGAAAGCCCAGCUAGAGGCGGAGCGCGAACAGGGCAGAGGCGACGCGGACGACAAAACCGCGGAGCCCGUCGACGACUACGCCAACAUCGACGACUGUCAGUCAGGCGACGACCUGGACCAGUUCGAGUGCGUGUCGUCGGAGGACUACGUCGAGAUCGGUGACGAGGAGGACGAGAGCGACGGAGGCGAGCGCAAGAUCAAGGGAGGCAGGAGCAUACGGGAGCGCAACGCCAAGCGCAACAGCUGCCAGCCGCGCGUCAGACUCUGCAACAUCACGGUGCCAGCCGGCCUGGAACUGGGACGGACCCCGGAGAUAACCAACCGCGUGGUGUUUGCGCACACCACCGAGGCGUUCGAGGAGGACAUAGAGGACCUGGACUGCCACAUCGUGCCUUUUUUCGAGGACAGCGACACGGACAGCGACGAGCACAUCUACGAGGAAGCAGGGCUGGACUCUGAGGGCGAGAACUUCAUGUCGCUGGACCGCAAGAGCAUCGUGACGCGCUCGCGCUCCCUCUCCGGGAAGGUGCCCGGCUACGUCCCCGAGACGGUCCCCGAGGAGACGGGCACCGAGUACCAGACGCACGAGUAUUACACUGUGGCCUUAGACCAAAACGGAGACCCGCUGAAGCAGACCGAGGUGAAUCGCCUGAUACCGUCUCUGAAGCCCAGGCGCUUUCUCCUCACCCAGCAGUCGUACUCCGUCGAGGGGCGAGAUCCCCACCUCGAGGGGGAAAAUUCUCCGCGGGAGGACAGGCUGAGGAGGAGAGACGACAACCUGUCUUUGCCGUGUGUCAUCACCUCAUCCGGAAGCUUCUCUCAGAGGAGCUGUCACUCCUCCAGCGGAGUGUCCACCCCCACCUCCAUGGUCGACAUCCCGCCGCCGUUCCCUCAGCUGGCCUACAUCACCAAGAGGCCCGUCACCAAGAGCUCUCCCUCUCUCCUCAUCCAGCACGAGUCCUCCGACAAGCCCAAGAAGAAGAAGUCCUCCUUCAAGCGCUUCCUGGCGCUCAAGUUCCGCAGGAAAGGGGACAGCAAGCCCCACGGCGACGGCAGCGUGCGCUCCUCGCGCUCCUCGUCGGAGUCCAGCCACCACGGGCACGCCCGGGUCCUGGAGCUGGACCGCAGGAGCACCAGCAGCUCGCCGCAGCUCCAGUCUCGCGUGGUGAACCAGCAGCGCACCCCCGAGCUGCCCGCCGCCUUCCUGCUCUACAAGGACCAGAGGAGGAAAGGCGUCCCCAAGACGUUCGGCAACAACAACGACAGGCGCAUCUCCAGGGUGGAGUCCUUUGAGGACCGCUCGCGCCUGCACCUCAUGCCCCUGCCCCUCACCAAGCCGCGGUCCAUCUCCUUCCCCAGCGCGGACAUGUCCGACUACGAGAACAUCCCGGCCAUGAGCUCCGACUACGAGAACAUCCAGAUACCCACGGGGAGACCCACGCGCGCCGUCACCAUCACCGAGUUCUUCGACGACCGGAACCGGACGACGACCAUGCCUGCCAACGACACCGACGGAUAUGUGGACAUGAACAGCUUUGCCGGGAUCGAGAACAAACCACAGACGUCUGACCAGGAAGCAGAAAGCGCCUACACGGAGCCAUUUCCUGUGUUGCCAGCGUCCACCAGCCUUUCGGCGGAGGAAGACCACGGUCGCACCUCAGAGGAGGAAGAUGGCUGUGGGGACCAUGGAUACGAAAGACAGAUUGAUGGCCGAUCCCGAGCCUACUACGUGGCCAAGGAGCUGCUGGACUCGGAGAGAGAACAUGUAAAAGCUCUGAAGCAUAUUGAGGAGGACUUCAGGGAAGCGGUGGCGUCGUCGGCAGGAGGAGUGGAGGGGGAGGAUGGGGCCGGGGACGGGGCCGGGGAGGCUGCUCUGGAUGAGGACACGCUGGGGGAGCUGCUGGGACCCCUCCCUGACAUCUACCAGCUGCACUGCAGCAUCCUCAACGAACUGGACAAACGCAUUCGCCAGUGGGAGGAGAGUCAGCAGGUGGUGGAGGUGAUCCUGACGCGGCGUGCCGAGUUCAGUGUCUUCACGGGCUACAUCUCCGACUAUGACCGCCGCAUGUUCCGCCUGGACGAGGCUUGCGCGCAGCACCCGGCAUUCGCUGCCAUCGUCACACAGUACCAGGUGGAGAAUGGUGAGGGAGUGCAGGUGCCCCUGAAGCAUCAGCUGCUGCAGGUGGUGGUGCGGGUGCUGCAGUACCGCAUGCUCCUCACAGACUACCUAAACAAUCUCUCACCAGACUCUAAAGAGUAUGAAGACACCCAAGCUGCCUUGGCGAUUGUGUCAGAGGUGGCGGACCAGGCCAAUGAUAGUCUCACACAAGGGGAGAACCUGCUGCGUCUGGUUCACAUCGAGUACAGCGUGCGCGGCAAGAGAGACCUACUGCAGCCUGGAAGGGUAUUUGUGAAGGAAGGCACUCUCAUGAAGGUUUCCCGCAAGAGCAGACAGCCCAGGCAUCUGUUUCUGAUGAAUGACGUGAUGCUGUACACCUACCCUCAGCAAGACGGCAAAUACAGACUCAAGAAUACCCUCCCCCUCAGCGGAAUGAAGAUCAGUAAGCCGACAAUAGACAAUGUGCUGAACACCCUUCGCAUCGAGGUGUCAGACGUGACAAUCACUCUGUCGGCCAGCUCGUGUGGUGAGAGAGAGGACUGGUUUCACACUCUGAGCAGAGCCAUAGCAGACCAUGCUGCCGGCCUCAACACCUUCAGCAACUCCAGUGAGGCCCGGGAGAAGCUGUGGAUGUCUCUGGGGGAGGCGGCUCCCAUCCUGGUGCCCGUGUCCCAGGUGCUCAUGUGCAUGAACUGCACCUCCGACUUCAGCCUCACGCUCAGGAGACACCACUGCAACGCCUGCGGGAAGGUUGUGUGUCGCUCAUGCUCGAGGAACAGAUACCCUCUCAAAUACCUGAAGGACCGGGUGGCCAAAGUCUGUGACCACUGCUAUGCAGAGCUACGCAAGAGAGGUGGCAGCAGUGGUGCUCUGCUGCGGCCGUGUGGCAAUAACAGCCCUCGGCCCAACAGGGCCAGCAGACCCCUCUCCGCUGUCUUCCAGAGCUUCCAGCCGCCCAGCCUGUGGCGGAACCGCAAGAGCACGUCGCCCCUCGCAUUGCCCCUCGCACAGGUGUCUGCAGGCGCCGAGGGCUCCAGCAUGAGCGGCAGCCUGCAGCGGCGCAAGAAGAGCAAGAGGAAGUGGAAGAGGCUCUGGUUCCUGCUGAAAGACAAGGUGCUCUACACCUUCAAAGCCCGCGAGGAUAAGGUGGCUGCGGAGACUCUCCCCCUGCAGGGCUUCACAGUGAAGUUGUCUGAGGCCCCUGAGGGAGCGGAGGCCUCCAGCGUGUUCCAGCUCUACCACAAGAAGACCCUCUACUACACCUUCAGAGCCGACGACCAGCACACCGCACGCCGAUGGGUGAACGCCAUGGAGGAAGCCACUGUUUUGUAGCAUUCAUCCACUUCUGGAAGGUGAUGUUUUGUAAAACGACUGAGACAUUUUGGACCCUGAUUCACACACCCACAUUACUCGAGAAAAAAACGCUGGAUCGCUUUAGUGUUUUGGAUGGAUGUCAUUCCACGUGAGAAGAUCCACUGCCCCAUCCAGGGUAGAAGAUAGGCCUUGCUAUUACGCAUCUCCAUGGAAAAGUUUGUAAAGCCUACCACUACAUGCUGAAUAUGUGUGUGUGUGUGUGUGUGUGUGUGUGUGUGUGUGUGUGUGUGUGUGUGUGUGUGUGUGUGUGUGUGUGUGUGUGUGUGUGUGUGUGUGUGUGUGUGUGUGUGUGUGUGUGUGUGUGUGUGUGUGUUCUUGGAAACACUGCCACCCACAAUCCGUGCCAAAACAGGAAAGAAUGUUUUUUAUUCCUCCCUGGCUCACUGUCUGAGAAAGCUGUACCAUCAUUGUAUAUACAAUUGCCAAUGGAGAAUCACCUGUACAGCUCUGAGGAUAUCUUUUAUUACUUUGUAUGCUCUUUUAAAAACCUAUCAGACAGCCUACCGGAGUUUCUUCCUCCAAAUGUGUACAUUUCUCUUUUUUGAAUCUGCUGAACUGUGUUGUCGUUGCCCAACUUACCAAAACAGAAAUGGGGGAAAUGGAGGCAAAAGAGGACAAGUUCAUCUGAUCACUCCGCCGAAUCAUAUUGAGUGCGCUACAAUAUGCGACCUUGCCUCCUCCACUUGUGCUUGUCUCCUCGUCCCGCCUCCUGGCCCCUCCUCCGUGGAGAAAACGAUAAAGUUUCCCAGCUGUCAGCCUAGCCACAACAACUUUUGAGGGACUGUUUUUCAUUCA